UGACCCUUGGAGCUCGGAGGUGACCCCUCUCUGCGCGGCCGGCCUUGAGCGGCUUCUCAGCAUCCCGGCCCUGGCCCUGGCUCGGGAGAGCCGCGGUCUCUUUGUCCCUGCCUUUCCUCUCUUCAUUUCGUCUUCCAGCUCAGAGAAGCAGCGACCUCGGGGGCAUUAAUAUUUCAGGAUCAUGAUGCUGGGAGCCAGCUGUGAUGGAGCCACCUCAGAGGUUUCUAAGCCUGAAAAAGAUGUCGAGCCAGAUGCAGAGGUAUGCUCAGAGAUCCCAGGAGGCCAAGUCCCUGGGUCCAAGCCCAAGUCUGGAUCGGGGCCUGAGGCUGAGGCCAGCCCUUUGGACUUCAUAGUGGCCACAGAAAGGGAAUUUGAGGAGGUGCUGGCCAUCUUGGGUGUGUGUGGUGGGGGGUAUCUACGGCGACCUGACUACCUUCCCAGCCGCUACCACAGCGGGCUCUAGGAUCCCGACCACAGAGCAGUGCCGGCCAAGUGCAACGAACAGGGACCGAUGCUCCCAGGGUCUGGAGCAUCUCAAGCGGUGGGAGAGACGCCCGUGAAUGAUCUUUCUGCAGGCUCUCGAAUCCGAGACCCGGACGCUGAAGAGAGCUCCUUGGGCAGGUCACGGGUCUGGCCUGGCGCCCCAGUGGGAUGGCGACGGAGUGCGCAGCGUGUGAGAAGAGGCGAGUCCUUUGAACCGAGAGCCCCGUCGGAGAGCAACCCCCACCGCCAGCAAUGGCCUCGGUUGCAGAUCGCGAGGGAGUCGGUACACGGGAUCGACGCCGGGGAGACGGCGCCCCCGGAGCGCCCCGGAGACCGGCUGCUAGAGCACUUCUGUUCGCAGCUGGUAAGACAGCACCCGGGGAUCAAAGUGGCCCGACUCAGCAGGGACGAUCAGCUGGGGCCCCGGAAGCUGAAGAAAUUCCGCCUAAUCACCAAGCAGAACAAAGGAGCUCGGAGGCCAGGCCUCUCCUCAAGGGGCCUCUGGGCUUUGUCCCCUCUCAUGCAGUCAGUCACCGCCUUUCUUUCGCUGCCCGCUCUGCCCAGUGGAGGCGCCCAUGAUCCCUGCCCUGGGAAUCCCAGUCCUUACCCAGGCCCUUUUGCCCAGGGGAAAUCAAACAUCUUCCACUUUCAGUCUUUAAACCCUCAAUCCUUACUCUGGGAGGCUGGAGCCCAGGCGCCCAGGCUUCGCCCACACCCCCAGUUCCCCGACUACUCCACGUCCAUCUGCUGUCCUCGGGGAUCCAGGUAUCCGAAGGCCUUGCCUCUGGCUCCUCCUUGCUCUCACAUACCUUACCCCACCCGGCCUCGCACCAUCGGCCCUCCCCAGGGACCCAGAUGGGAGCCCAUGGGUGUGACUGUGGAAGUGAAGAAGCCCAGAGGCGCCAGGCUCUCAGCCCUCCUGCCGCCCAGAGCCGUGCUCGCUCGUGCCCCACGCAGUGCAUCCUUUUGGUCCAAUUCAACUCGUCGGCGCUGCUCCAGCGUCUUCUCGCAGCCUCCCCGGCAGGCUGGUGGUGACCUGGCACGCCUCCUGUGUCGCCCUCCUUGCAGCGCGACGGGAGGAACCAUCCAGGAGUGGCCACCCUACUGGCCGAGUGAGAGUAACCUGCGCCUCCUGGCGGCCAAGGGCCUGGAGUGGCGCGUGGACAGCCGCGCGCACCCGUGCUGUCUCACGCUGUGCACGCCCUUCCGAAUCCCGCACCGCGGCGACAGCAUGUGGCGCUUCCUCCGCGUCGACGCCUUCAGCGGCGACGGUGCGCAGAGGCAGAGCCAGCUUCUGUAGCAUCUGCAGCGCCAGAGCCCAUUUCUCCUCAGCGUCGUGUGCCAACUCUUCCCGGCGCCCCAGCUGUGGUCACAGGUGGCUGACUUCCACCAGGCUGGCUGGGGGCUCGCGCUGGUCAAGGGUUGUACUGAACAGUAGUUGCUGGAGCCCGACAACUAA